AUGGCGGGUAAAUGGUAUUUCACAAAAAAAGAGUUGCGUAAAUCACCGAGUGCCAGAGUGGGUAUCAGUGCAAAGCAAGAACAAGAUUACAAACGACAGGCUGCGUGUCUGAUAAACGACAUGGGCCAACAGUUGAAAGUUUCUCAGUCAUGUAUCAAUACCGCAACUAUUUACAUGCAUAGGUUUUAUGCAUACCACCCGCAAUCAAAGUUCAAAAAGUGUUCAGUUGCAUGUGCAACUUUGUUCCUGUCUGCAAAAGUUAAAGAAACACCUUUAAGACCAAAAUUUGUGAUUAAAACUAUGUACCAGUGCUUGGAUAAAAAUUCUAAGCAGAUCAAUAUACAUUCAGAAAACUUCAAGGAAAAAGUUAAUGAAUUACUUUUCGACGAAUUAAUUUUAUUAACGACUUUGGGAUUUGUGACUGAAAUUGAACACCCCCAUGCUUAUGUGAUCGAGUUUUGUCAAAAGUUGAACAUGAGUAAAGAAUUUUCGCGGCUUGCUGACAAAAUAGCGACUCAUUGUCUCCAAUUGACUUCAAUGUGUUUAAGGUACAAACCCAAGGACAUUGCAAUUUUUUGUGUUCAUCUGACGAUUAAAUGGUCUCAUUUCAAGAUCCAGGAAAUCGUCGAUGGAAAAUCUUGGCUCCAGCGCUUGAAUUCCAAGGUCACUGAUCAACUUUUAUGGAAAAUGGAAAAAGAGUUUAAAAGUAUCUUGGACACAUGUUCGUCACGGAUUCAAACUCGAGUCAUGGAUCUUUUUAAGAAAAAUUCCGUGCCUCCGGCUUCGAUUCAAAAUAAAACGUCUGAUAGGUUGUUUAAAGGUAAAAACUCACUUCAGCGGUCAAUAAUUAGUUUCCACGAUUAUCUUGUUAGAACAAAGAACCAAAAAUUAAAUAAUAAUAAUAAUAAUAAUAAUAAUAAGGCUUUUGAGACAUCUUUAGAUAUAUCUGUAAGGUCAGUGCCAAUAUCAAAUGAGCCUGUAACACCAAGUGUAAGAAAUUCAUUAUUUGGAAUUCGCGGCACUAUCAGCAGAAACAGCCGUAAACGUAAGAGUAGUUUAGAUUUAAAUAAUAUAUCCACUCCAGCUAAAAAAUUCAAGCCGAGUUGA